AUGGAGGUUUUGCCGGAAGAUUGCAUCGCUCACGUCCUUUCUUUUGGGUCACCGCGUGACUCAUGUCGGUCGGCCGUGGUGGCUUCCGUGUUUAGAGACGCUGCAGAGUCGGAGGUGUUGUGGGGUAAGUUUUUGCCACCCGAUCACCGUCAAAUCAUAUCCAGAAGUGUGUUUCCGGUGAUGUUUAAAUCCAACAAGGAACUGUUCUUCAAGCUUUCAACACCUAUUCUCGUUGAUGGUGGCAGAAGGACGUUCUCAAUAGACAAAGAGACGGGUAAGAAAUGUUACAUGUUAAGUGCAAGAGAUCUCUACAUCGCUUGGUCAGCCAAUCCUCUCUUUUGGUGUUGGAAACCCCUUCUCCAGUCCAGAUUUGGCGAAGCAGUGGAGCUCAGAAUGACGAGUUGGCUUGAAAUCCAAGGAAAGAUUGGCACCCGAGUUUUAUCACCUGAUACCAUUUAUGGAGCUUAUGUCGUCAUUGAAGUGGCUCAUUAUCGUGCUUAUGGGUUAGAUAUUCUACCAAUGGAGGUUUCAAUUGAAGUAGGUGAAUUCCAUUCACGAGGGACGAUAAUCUUGUCUUGCGAUGAUUGUAGCAAGGGCACCUCUGAGCGUGUUUGCCAUAGAAACGAGGAUAACAAGGGUCUUGGACCAAAAUUUGGGGACGAUGUUCCUAGAAAGCGAAUGGAUGGAUGGUUGGAGAUAAAAUUGGGUGAAUUUUACAAUGAUGAAAAGCGUGAGAAAGAUGUUAAAAUGAGGUUAAGAGAGGUGGAUGGUGUUCACUUGAAAGGGGGGCUUAUUGUGGAGGGCAUUGAGAUCAGACCUAUCAAAUAACGUUAAUAU